AUCUUCCCGCUGUCGAGGCGGAGGGCGCACCCCAUCGGCCCCGGGAUCGAGAUACGCGAGAAGUCAUCGCCGAGACCUGGCUUCGCCGACAUUACGAGCAUGGAGUAGAUGGGCUCGUGCAGGUUUGGAAAAGUGGUGGGAAUGAGAGGUGGUGUUGGAAAGCCGGGGCUUGGACACUACAUCUUUAUGACAAAACACGGCACAUAUGCGCACAAUGCGCGCAAUGCUUCGCAGCCAGCGUAGCAGCAUAGAUGAAGACACGAAAUUCAUGGCCUCGUCUGCCCUGGGGCGAUGCUUUGGUCGCUGUGGCCAACACAACAUCAGCACAGUGUGGGAGGGGGUCGCUCAUACAGAAAGGCGGCAAUCUGCAUGUACAUAUGCAAAGCAGACGUGGCUAUAUUGGCUGAGAGGAAGCACCCAGUACUGCAUCUGCGAUGUUUUGUGGUGUCUUGUGCAGCCGAGGAGCUUUGCAGGAGUUUGCGUGCCCAAGAGGACAGAGCGUGAUGAUGGAUUGAUCCGACGCCAAUCGCUCGUAGUUGGAGGAAACCGAAGAUCAUGGUGCCUCGGAUCGGUCGUUCUUUAUUUAACGCUUCUGGAUCAGGAGUUGUCCAGGUCUCAGUGGUUGUGCCUAGGGACGGCGCUCUGGCUGUCAGGAUGCCCGACCCCUGCUGCUACUGCCGAGAUGUUGGGCGAACACAAAAGCUUGGCAGGGCUUCUAGAAGCCUUGAAGCAUUCAACGGGGGCCAAGCAUCGUUGGGCAGCCGUUGUGACACGACAGAUACGUAUAUUGCUUGUUGUAUUGCUGGAGAACAACAAAGGCCGAGGGGCCGGUAAUUGCAGCUUGGGAGCUGGUAAUUAAUCCAGUGGCCCAACUGGCUGAGCCAGCGGCCAUCGAAGAUGGGGUGGGCUGUCAGCCAAUCUCCCGGGAUGCUGGCUGGCAUUUAUUUGGCUUCCCGCUGCCAGGGUCUCGUUGGUAUGGCGUAAAUUAUUAU